UAAAAAAAUCAAGCGAAGAGUGGUGCAGCAAUCGGAGCAUCAAGCCGAAUUAUUUUGACAUAUAAUUACGAGAAGACGGGGUGCACAUAUAAUGAGCCAUGAAGAAUUGGAAUCAUUAGGGGUGCAGCUCGUAGAUCAAGACCAACUUGAAAGUUCUAUCACCAAGAAAGCCAAUGAAGCUCUUAUCGCCAAGGAUAGUGAAGUAGAUCAAAAACGAUUAGAAAAGGCUAGUAAGGAUUUGAACAGUACAGUGGUGCGGAUAAGAGCGCUCACUAAUCGGUUAAACAAUCCGAGAACGAAGCUCAGUCAGAGAAAGUCUAUUAAGGAUGAAAUCCAGUGGUAUGAAGAGAAUGAGUUGAAACAGAGACAACAAGAUGUCGAUGAUAUCACUAAGCGAUUACAAGAAAAUAAAGAGCAAUUAAAUCAAUCCCUUAAAUCAGGUUCAAAUAAUGGAACUUCAUCUAAAUCAACAUCUACAGCAGUAGAGAGGUUACCGGAUGAGAGUGAAAAGGAGUUCUUAAUAAGAACCGGUAAGAUAACCGCGUUUGGGAAUGAAAAUUUAUUCCAUCAAGAUAACACUGAGGAAGCCAAUGAUAAUGAAAGCAAGAGUCACGUCUUCUUGAGGGCUCCUGGGUUCGAAUCCACACCGGAGGUUCGUGACUUCGCUCAAGAAAAGGUUUCCGAACCGGAAGUUAAGUUGGAAGAAGAAGAAGAAGAAGAAGAAGACGAAGAUGAGGAUGAGGAUGAGGAUGAAGAAGCACCACUAACGAAGAAAAGAAAGCUCAAGGAUGAUGAUGACUAUGAAGACGUAUCUGAUGAUGCACUGGCAGACGAAGAGUUAGAGGAGCAAAUAAUAGAUGAAGAUGAGGAAGAAGUCGAGGAGACUGCGGAAGCAAAGGCCGAGCAGCGGAAUAUCGAUGAUGGAGACGAAACUGUAUAUCAGGCAAGAUUAAAGGACUGGGUGAAAAGAAGGUCAUCUCGCCGUACGGGAGAAUCUGAGGCAGAUAAAGGUAAAGAAGAAUGGUUUAAACCACAUCCUACGAUAUCCGAUGCUAAAUUAAAUGAUCAAUUUAGAUUGCCUGGAGAUAUAUAUCCAUCAUUGUUUGAUUAUCAAAAGACUUGUGUCCAAUGGCUCUGGGAGCUUUACUCACAAAAGACAGGAGGUAUCAUAGGAGAUGAGAUGGGUCUUGGAAAGACUAUUCAAAUUAUAUCUUUUAUUGCGGGAUUACAUUAUUCAGGACUACUUACUAAGCCUGUAUUGGUUGUUGUUCCAGCUACAGUAUUGAAUCAAUGGGUUAAUGAAUUCCAUAGAUGGUGGCCUCCCUUAAGAUGCAUAAUUCUUCACAGUAUUGGAUCAGGAAUGAAUAAGAGUAUCACGUCGGAGGAAAGAUUAGAAGCGUUUCUUGAAUCUAGUGAUCCAUCCAUGUCCCAAAAAUCUUUAAAGGGUAUAAAUACUCAGAUCAAUGCUAAGGAAAUAAUAGACAGAGUUAUGCAAAAUGGUCAUGUAUUGGUGACAACUUAUGUGGGAUUGAGAAUCUAUUCAAAGUAUAUUUUAAAACAUAAAUGGGGUUAUUGUGUUCUAGAUGAAGGUCAUAAGAUUAGAAAUCCUGAUCUGGAUAUAUCCUUGACUUGUAAACAAAUUAAGACUCAUAAUAGAAUUAUCUUAUCGGGGACUCCUAUUCAAAAUAAUCUUAUUGAAUUAUGGUCAUUAUUUGAUUUUGUAUUUCCUGGCCGAUUAGGUACUUUACCAGUAUUUCAACAACAAUUCUCUAUACCAAUAAAUAUGGGAGGGUAUGCUAAUGCCUCGAAUGUUCAAGUUCAAACAGGUUAUAAAUGUGCAGUGGUAUUAAGAGAUUUGAUUUCGCCUUAUUUAUUGAGACGAUUAAAGAGUGAUGUUGCCAAGGAUUUACCCAAGAAGAAUGAAAUGGUUUUAUUUGUAAGAUUAACAAAAGAACAACAAGAUCUAUAUGAAAGAUUUUUACUGAGUGAAGAUAUGGGAGCUAUCUUGAAAGGUAAAAGAAAUGUCUUACUUGGGGUUGAUAUUCUAAGAAAGGUAUGUAAUCAUCCUGACUUGGUAGAUCGUGAAAUGUUACUUCGUAAGAAAGGGUAUAACUAUGGUAAUCCCUCCAAAUCAGGGAAGAUGCAAGUGUUAAAGAAUCUUUUACAAUUAUGGCAAAGUCAGAAACAUAAAACUUUAUUGUUUUGUCAAACGAAGCAAAUGCUAGAUAUAUUGGAAAAGUUUGUAGCUAAUCUUAACAAGUUGAAAGUUGAAAACAAUGAAGAAGAUAAUGAAUACUUCACAUACUUACGUAUGGAUGGAUCUACCCCUAUUGCCAAACGUCAAGCUUUGGUAGAUAAAUUUAAUGAAGAUCCAAACUUGGAUGUAUUCCUAUUGACUACUAAGGUUGGAGGAUUAGGGGUUAAUCUCACGGGAGCUGAUAGAGUAAUUAUUUAUGAUCCAGAUUGGAACCCAUCUACAGAUAUGCAAGCCAGAGAAAGAGCUUGGAGAUUGGGACAAAAGAAGGAUAUAACAAUAUAUCGAUUAAUGACUUCAGGUUCUAUUGAAGAAAAAAUAUACCAUCGACAAAUCUUUAAGACUUUCUUGACUAAUAAGAUUUUGAAAGAUCCUAAGCAAAGAAGAUUCUUUAAAGUUAAUGAUUUACAUGAUUUAUUUACUUUGGGAGACCAAAAUGAAGUUGGGACUGAAACUGGUGAUAUGUUUAAUGGAGCUGAAAAGAAUUUUAGUGGUACUAAAAGUAGAAAGCCUGCCACAUUAAUGAAGAAGAAACAUAACAAUGAUGAUGAUUUUUAUGAAGUUGCCAAUAUAGCUGGAGUAUCGAAAUUAGAUGAAUUUGUUGGUGAUAAAGAAGAAGAGGAUCUGACUAAACCAAGUGAUGAUUCUGGACUUAUGGAAGGUAUAUUUGCCAAUAGUGGAGUUCACAGUGCAUUACAACAUGAUGAUAUUAUCAAUUCUGGAGAAAAGGAGAUAUCUUUAGAAGAAAAAGAGGCUAACAGAGUAGCCAAAGCAGCAGCAGAAGCAUUAAGGGAAUCUCGAAAACUCGCUAGAAAGAAUACUCUAGGAACACCUACAUGGACAGGUAAAUUUGGAUUAGCCGGUAAAUUUGGACCCAAGAGAAAUGAUAUGAAAGAUAAGAAGACGAAAGUUCUUUCUUCAGCAUCCAUCUUGGGGAAUUUAAAGAAAGAGAAAGCUACAUUAUUUACUAAGAAGGCCAAUGAUGUGAUUGACAGUAAACAAGAAGUUAUUGCUAAGCUUGUAAAUUACUUGAAGGAUCAAGAAGGUCACUUUAGUAAGUCAAGCGACAUCUUGACCAAUGCACAGAUUGACAUGAAGGAUUCAGAUGAUAUGAUAAAAAUAAGGUCAAUGUUAAGAGAAGUGGCGAUUUGGGAUAGUUUAAAUAAGGGCUGGACUCUUAAGCAAGAGUUCAUAAAUUAAUAGAGUAGUUAGGUACAUAUACGUCUAAUCAAUUGGUGCAUCAAUGUAUAUUUGCAGCUAAUUUAGUAGACAUUAUUGGUGGGACACGACAUUUGUGACACUACGCUGUAUACAGAAUACCGGAUAAAGUUCCGAGUUGACAUAAAAUGUUCCGGAUUGAUAGAAAACGUUUCA